AUGGCGAGUGGCCCUCGACGAAACAUCCCCUCUAGUCUUCAUAUUCCUCCCACCACCGCCAACUGGACCGUCACCAAGACCGAUAUCGACGUUUACACCCGCGACAAGAUGGGUUCACCACUGGGCUCUCCCACUCUCGCAGCCUCAACAGCAAAGUUCCGAAACAGAGUCCCAGCACAAAUGCAAAGAUGUAUACCACUGUACAUGGCCUGCGUCUUUCUCCUCUUCAUCAUCCUUAACUUCGACAUCUUCUACUCCAUACCCAGUCCCCUCGGGGCCUUCCGAAAAGAAAAACCAGUCAUGACACCAUCGCGCUUCAGCUCGUUUCCACAAAAGAUCUGGCAGACGUGGAAAGUAGACCCGCUGAACUUUGAGGAUCGUGAUUUGGUCACUUCGAGGACGUGGGUGAAUAAGAACCCGGGGAUGCGAUAUGAAGUUCUCACAGAUGAUAACGAGCUUGCUUUUGUGGAGGAGCACUUUGGCGCGGGGACUGUUAUAAAUCGGCCGGAUAUUGUCGCGUUUUACAAGAGCAUCAACCUGCACAUCAUCAAGGCUGAUCUCUUGAGAUAUAUGGUCAUGUAUGCACAAGGAGGUGUCUACGCCGAUAUUGACGUCGAAGCUCUACGGCCUGUGUAUCGGUUUGUCCCAGAGCGAUACGACGAGCACGACAUUGACUUGAUUGUCGGCGUUGAAAUCGACCAGCCCGAGUUCAGCGACCAUCCUAUCCUCGGCAAGAAGUCAAAAUCAUUCUGCCAAUGGACCAUUAUUUCAAAGCCCCGCCAGCCCGUCAUGCUCAAGCUGAUCGAGCACAUCAUGGCGUGGCUCAGGGACGAGUCCAAGAAGCAAAGGGUCCCGCUGGGAGAUAUCCAGCUCACCUUUGACCAAGUUAUCAGCGGCACUGGGCCUUCGGCUUUUACAUCAGCGCUGCUUGAGCAGAUGAACAGAAACCAUCGCGGCGGAAAGGUCACAUGGGAUCUAUUCCACAACAUGGACGAAUCUAAAGUCGUCGGCCGCGUCCUCGUUCUUGACGUCGAGGCUUUCUGCGCCGGCCAAGGCCACUCGAAUUCCGGAAACCACGACUCCCGCGGCGCCAUGGUGAAGCAUCACUACCACGCUUCCAACUGGCCGAGCAAGCAUCCGCGCUACAGCCACCCAGCUUACGGCCAGGUUGAAGACUGCAACUGGAACGUGGAGUGCGUGAGGCUGUGGGAUGAGAAUGUCGCAGAGUACGAGAAGUUGAGCGAGGAGGAGAAGAAGGUCAAGAUCGAGCAGGCUAAGAGGCCUGACAUUGGUAUUGAUCUCACCAAGAGUGAUAUCGGGAUGCCGGACGAGAAGCCCGACAUCGGUAUGCCGGCUGAGAAGCCUGAUAUUGGAAUCUGA